AUGAUAAUUUUCACAUACACACUAUGUUACCUGUUCCAGGUUAUAUACUUAUUUUUUCGUCCCAUGAUAAAGUAUAUCACUCGAAUAGUAACGGGGAGGUGUGAAUUAAGUCGCAUAGUCGCUAAUUAUCCUAAAGGAGCACCCAGAACUUCCAGAAUAGAAAAUUCUCUGAGAAAUUCUAGAAAUCACGCUGUUCGGAAUGGAUUGUAUUUAGAAAAGUAUGCAGAUGCUAUGUCUUAUGUACAGCUUGUGAUUGGUGCUAAACGUAUCGAACUUAAAGAUCAACCAAAGUACUAUCAUAUACACAAGCCUAUCUCAGUUUUCCUAACGAUUAUUUGUAUUGCAUCAAUCAAAUUAACUCUUACCGGGAACUGA